GGAAAAUGUCAGCGCCCUCGACUGAUUUCCCGAACGUACAGAAAAUUCGUGAUGUUGUUCGAAAUGAACUCGCCACCCUUUUGUUGUCAUUCAAAGGAAAGAAAGAUUUGGUGCUGGAAUCCGACUUAAUGAAGCCACUGGAUCGCAUCGCUGGGGCCUCACUGUUAAAGCAACAUGGAGUCGACAAGAUUUUUAAACUAGAUCCAUCACAGAAAUCAAUACAGGGAUGUGACCAACGUAUUUACCUGGUAAGACCACGGAUGCGGACCAUGAAGCUGAUAGCCGACCACAUUAGUGGAGAAAAAAACUAUGGAGCAACAAGGAAGUACAAAAUCAUUAUGGUUCCCAGGAAGCUGCAUGUUUGUGAAAUGAUCCUGGAACAUGAGGGCGUAUUUGGCGACGUGACCUUAGAUGAACUUGCACUGGACCUCAUUCCACUGGACCGGGACAUCCUGUCGUUGGAGCUCUCAGAAUUCUUCAAAACAUUCUACUUGGAGAAUGACCAUGUAUGGCUGCACACUGUAGCCAAGUCAUUGAUAGGACUUCAGGCUCUCAUCGGGAUGAUUCCAAAUGUCUACUGCAUAGGUCGUGGGUCAAAGAUGGUUUAUGAUCUCAUGAAUUCCAUACUCGGAGAAAAACUUGCUGAAACAGAUUAUAGUCGGAAUGAAAUUGGAAACCUAAUUAUCAUUGACAGAGAUAUGGACCUUGUGACACCCUUAUGUUCACAGCUGACCUACGAGGGUUUAAUUGAUGAAGCGUUUGGUAUCAACAGCGGUUAUGUGGAGUUUGGCCCAGAUGUGACGGGUAAAGAUCAGUCUGUCAAACUAAUGCUCAGCAGUGAGGAUGAGAUAUUUGAAGAAGUUAGAAACCGCCAUUUUUCCCAUGUUUUUUCCUACCUAAGUAACAAGGCUAAAUCUCUGCAGUCAGAUUUUGAUAAAAGACAUACUCUAAAAUCUGUUGGUGACAUGAAGAACUAUGUGGCUAAUGAGUUAAAAAAUCUGAAAAAUCAGAAGGCAGUUCUGGCACAUCAUAUCGGAGCAUGUGAGGUAAUACUUGGUAAGAAGACGAGAGGAGACUUCCAGGAGAUUCUACAAGCCGAACAUUCCAUGUUGGAGGGUUCUGGAUUAAAAGAGAACAUCAGCUACAUAGAGGAACUAAUUAACAAACAGCAUAAUAUUACUCUGACUCUGAGGCUACUGUGUUUGUUGUCGAUGACACAAGAUGGAAUCCCCAGCAAGGAGUUUAAGUCACUCAAGACUCAGUUUUUACAUAGUUAUGGAUAUGAACACAUGCUGACAUUCUAUAACCUGAAGCGUCUGGGUUUACUUACUGACCAAGAAGGUCCCUCAGUGCCGAUUACAGCGGGAGUACAGGCAGCCAUUGGGAAGAGGGGGGCAUACCGAAGUAUCUGUAAACGUCUCACACUGAUACCAAAAUCUGAGGAAAUCAACUUGCGCAGUCCAACAGAUAUGUCUUAUGUUUUCAGUGGAGCAUACACCCCUAUCUCGUGUAAACUGGUAGAACAGGUUUUAUCUAAGGAGGGUUUUACAGGUAUGGAGGAGAUCAUCAAACAUCUACCAGGAGGCACAUAUUCUGAUGUCAGAGUUAAACAAACAAAAGGUAAAGGUGGCUCCACUAGUUCUUCAUCUCCAUCACAACGUGUUGUCCUUGUCUAUUUCCUUGGAGGAUGUACCUACUCCGAGAUCACUGCUCUCCGCUUCCUGGGAAGACUUAAAGGAUACCGGUUCCUGGUAGCUACCACAGCUUUGAUUAAUGGCAGUACUUGGCUAAACUGUCUGGUGGAGAAGUGAACAGAACAAAACUAGGAGGAUUUAAAUUCAAACUGGUCUUGGCUUUGAAUGAUGGUUAAAAUUAAUCACAGUGUGGUAGCAGUGGCUCACUGGGCCGCGUGAUCAGGACACAAGCUGUGACAGCAAACAAUGACUGUCGAAUUUCAAAUUUGGCAAAUCAAUCACUUCUGUUAUAAAGAUUUGUUUCAGAGACCGUGUUUACAGUCUAUAACACCCAGGAGAGUUAAUUCUGCCAUGUUUACAUAUUAAACGAUGUAGAAAUAUGACUAGGAAAGGCAAAAAAGGAAAAUAAAAUCAAAAGGCAGGUAUUGAUUUUCAUAUAAACCGUGUGGAAAAUUAUACUAAUGUACACACAACUGGAACCCAAAUUCAGGACAUGAAUCAACCCAACGCAGUACUUGAAUUUUCAGUAUCUGCUUCGAUGGGGAUCAAAAUAUAAGUAAUUAGGAGCUGAAUGGACAAAUCUAUUAUGUCCUCUGAAGCGAGAGAAGAGCUGUUACCAAUACAAGGGGAA